AUGGGCUCCGACGUGCGCGACCUGAACGCGCUGCUGCCGCCGUCGGUGCCGUCGCUGCCGGGCAACGGCAACUGCCCCAUGCCGGUGAGCGGCGCGGCGCAGUGGGCGCCGGUGCUGGACUUCCCGCCGGGCGCCUCCUACGGCACGCUGGCGCCGCCGCACUCGGCCUUCAUCAAGCAGGAGCCCAGCUGGAGCGCCUCGGAGCCGCACGAGGAGCAGUGCCUCAGCGCCUUCACCGUCCACUUCUCGGGGCAGUUCACGGGCACGGCCGGCGCCUGCCGCUACGGCCCCUUCGCGCCGCCGCCGCCGCCGCCGCCCAGCCAGGCGCCCUCGGGCCAGGCGCGGAUGUUCCCCAACGGCCCCUACCUGCCCAACUGCCUGGAGAGCCAGCAGGCCAUGCGCAACCAAGGUUACGGCACAGUGGCGUUUGAUGGCACUCCAAGUUAUGGCCAUACUCCCUCUCACCAUGCAGCACAGUUUACAAACCACUCCUUCAAGCACGAGGACCCCAUCGGCCAACAGACAUCUCUAGGUGACCAGCAAUAUUCAGUGCCGCCCCCUGUCUAUGGCUGCCACACUCCUACGGAUAGUUGCACUGGCAGCCAGGCCUUGCUCCUGAGGAAUCCCUACAACAGUGACAAUUUAUACCAAAUGACCUCACAACUUGAAUGCAUGACAUGGAAUCAAAUGAACUUGGGAUCUACACUUAAGGGCCACGCAGCAGGAUAUGAAAAUGAUAAUCAUGCAGGCCCCAUGUUAUACAGCUGUGGUGCCCAAUAUAGAAUACACACCCAUGGAGUUUUUAGAGGAAUACAAGAUGUGCGGCGAGUGCCUGGAGUAGCUCCUACGAUUGUUAGAUCAGCCAGUGAGACAAAUGAGAAACGGCCUUUCAUGUGUGUAUACCCGGGCUGCAACAAGCGAUAUUUUAAACUGUCUCAUCUGCAGAUGCAUGGAAGAAAGCACACUGGUGAAAAACCAUACCAGUGUGACUUUAAGGACUGUGAACGAAGGUUCUCUCGUUCAGAUCAACUGAAACGACACCAAAGACGACAUACAGGUGUGAAACCCUUCCAGUGUAAAACCUGUCAGAGAAAGUUCUCCAGAUCUGACCACCUGAAGACUCACACCAGGACUCAUACAGGUAAAACAAGUGAAAAACCGUUCAGUUGUCGGUGGCCCAGCUGUCAAAAAAAAUUUGCCCGAUCUGAUGAAUUGGUCCGUCAUCAUAAUAUGCACAACAGGAACAUGACUAAGCUUCAACUUACCCUUUAGAUGUUUCAUACUUUCUCUAUAAACUGGAUGGGACCCUAUGAACUACUGCAAAUAUUUCAGUCAUCCUCUUGCAACUCUCAAGGAAUCUUCAGAUGCCUUCACAAUGCAGUUGAGACGUGCUAACUAAACUGUACGAUUCUGUUCAGUUUGGGCCUCUGAUUGGACUUCUGAAUCUUCCUAUUCAAAAACCUCAAAUGGUUUCAAUUUGUAACAUUAUUAUAUCAUUAUGAGUUAAAUAUGUUAUACUAUAAAUAUUCCUAUAGACUCUAGUGAUGUAUAUUUGUUCUUUCCUUCAGAAGGUUUUGUACUUUUGAUUUUUUACUUGAAAUUUGCAAGUGCAAGCUAAUGAAAACACUCAGUUAUACUCAUAAUGAUUUAUAUGAGUGAAGGUCUGUUCAUGUAUACAGUGUGCUUAUUGCAAACAGAUUUCCAAAUACUGCUGCAGUCCUGUACAGAUGUUCAGUCAGUUUGGGUACCCUUUGUCCUAUGCGAGAGGAACAAUUUUAUACUCUUCUGUUAAUCUUCAAUGAUGACCAUGCCAAUACUUAUGCCUGUGUUCCUCAAAAGUGGGUGCUCUCCUUUCUUAUAGAUAUAUGCCAUUCAUUGGAUACAUGUUCUGACAUGCAUCAGUGUCCUGCAGUCAGGAUUGACCCUAACUUGUACUGUUCCCACACUUUUCUUCACUGAAGACAAUGCAUCUGAUGGAAGCCCCUUUCAGAAAAUCAGUUUAUACAUACAUGUGUGUGUGAAUGAUAGUGAGAGAGUGCAUGCUGUUCCAGCCCUGAUCUAUGCAUUCUCAAUUUAAAGGCCUGCAAAGUCUACAGGGAAUGCCACAAUAUAUGUGCAGGACUUCCUUUGUGCAAUCAGGUCAGGAGAAAUUCCUUCUUCAGGGUUCUUGACUGUGUGAGGAUAGCUCUUUGCACACACAGCUGUAAACUCCUAUGCUCUAUUUCGACCUUGAACUAGCAUUGAUUAAGAGUUAGGUUUGCCAGUACGAACCCACUUCAGUGGAAAAGGUCUGAAAGAUUGAUGAUACUUCUCCUCCUUGCUUCCUGUCCUCAUAAGCAACCCAGUUACCACCAUGAUUUUUGUACCCUUGCAUCUGAGUUUCUGGCUGAGCACAUAAUACCUGCUCUGUCUCCUCCCUUUUCCCAUGUGAUGACAGACAACAGAAGGACAUGCUGAUGUAAUCUUUCAAGGAGGCUAACAGUGCUAUCUUAUACCAGCACAAUUUACUGGAAGUAAACCCCACUGAAUGCAGUGCGAGUUACUUCUGAGUACAGAUGUAUAGGAUUAUGCUGUGAAUCACUACAUUGCAUAGAACUGAUAGAUGUAUGAAAGAGAAACCCAGAAUGUGUGCAAUCUGCCAGUUGGCUAGCAUGCGUGUUCCCAUAGUUGCUAAAGUCUGAGGAGCCAGUGCUUUUCUAUACUGAAAACAACGAUCUUCAAUAUAAGUUGACAUCCAUUUGCCAACAGCUUUUAUGUAGAAAAAACUGUCCUUUGCGGGGAGUAUUUUGAAACUGGUUUAAAUCUAUUCCACUUUGAGAUACAGGUCAUCACACAAAGUAAUUUCCAUACUAUUGUAGAUGUUUAACAUGCAGCCGCACUGGUUAUGUGGCUAGCAAGUUGUAUAAAAUAAAGUUGAACUUAAGAAGAGGCUGGUCCAGAAUUUCCAUUAACAUAUGGCUCUUAAGCUAAACAAAUGGCUCUUAAGUGACUUGAAUGUCUCUCCAUUUACUAUUAUAUGUGCAAAAAAGAAA